UUUCCGGUUCCCGCCCAUUCAUUUCCGCCGUCCCGCCUCUUUUCGGCCUCCACCCGGAUAUGAGCAGUUCUCGCGAGAGCUGGGCCUCUUUCCAAGCCGGCACUCCGUAAGGCGAGCCAUGUUCAGCUCGAGCGCCAAGAUCGUCAAGCCCAAUGGCGAGAAGCCGGACGAGUUCGAGUCCGGCAUCUCUCAGGCGCUGCUCGAGCUAGAAAUGAACUCGGAUCUCAAGGCGCAGCUGCGGGAGCUCAACAUCACCGCGGCCAAGGAAAUUGAAGUUGGUGGUGGCCGGAAAGCCAUCAUAAUUUUUGUGCCAGUUCCUCAGCUGAAAUCCUUCCAAAAAAUCCAAGUCCGGCUGGUUCGUGAAUUGGAGAAAAAGUUUAGCGGGAAACACGUAGUCUUCAUUGCUCAGAGGAGGAUUCUGCCCAAGCCAACUCGGAAAAGCCGUACGAAAAAUAAGCAGAAGCGCCCCAGAAGCCGUACGCUCACCGCAGUGCACGACGCCAUCCUUGAGGACCUGGUCUUCCCAAGUGAGAUUGUGGGCAAGAGGAUCCGUGUGAAACUGGACGGCAGCCGGCUCAUAAAGGUUCAUUUAGACAAAGCACAGCAGAACAACGUGGAGCACAAGGUGGAAACUUUUUCUGGUGUGUAUAAGAAGCUCACGGGCAAGGAUGUUAAUUUUGAAUUCCCAGAGUUUCAGUUGUAAAGAAAAUGACUGAAUAAAGUGUCAUUCGUA